UGUUUGCAUUGCGAUUAGUUUGCGUACAAGAAGGUGGAAAAAUCAAUUCAAACAUUGGCGAGGUUUCGAAAAAGUGGUACACUUGUUUCUCUCUUGCUCUCUGUGGUGUUGUGUCUUCAGUUGACUUCUCUGUCGCUUCAAGCGAUAUGUUCUGUGUAUCGGUAGAAGUUUAGUUUCGUGUUGGCUUGGCGGUCACUAGAAGGGGCGAGUGUAGAUAUUUAUUUGCAACCCAACGCAUAGGGCAGUCAACUCGGUCAAAAUGGAUUUGUACAAUUACUACAUAUGGGAGAAUGCAGAUCCACGGACCCAUAACUGGUUCUUAGCUGGGUCUCCGUUUCCUAUGCUGGGAGUUAUAUGCACAUAUCUCGCUCUUGUAUACUUCAUAGUUCCUAAAUUCAUGGAAAAUCGUGAACCAUACAAACUCAAGACAUUUCUAGGAUUUUAUAACUUAUUUCAAGUGGUAUAUUGCAUCAUGGUUGUAGUGAAGUGUUUGCAAGCUGGAUGGACAUUCGAUUAUUUCUACCGAUGCUAUGAAACAGAUUAUUCCAAUGAUCCGAAAGCUGUGAAGAUGGCUGAGGUUACGUGGUACAUCCUGUUCAUUAAGUUCAUGGAACUUCUGGAGACGAUUCUUUUCGUUUUGCGUAAGAAACAGAACCAGGUCUCUUUUCUUCACGUGUAUCAUCACAUUAGUACCUUUUUCAUUGCCUAUAUAUUCUGUAAAUAUGUUGGAGGCAGCAUGCUAGUGUUUUCAAUAGUAGCCAAUUCAAUCGUACACAUCAUAAUGUACUCGUACUAUUUCAUAUCAGCGUAUGAUGUCGCAAUUUUCAAGUUCAUAGCGGGCAAAGUAAAAAAGUACAUAACCAGUAUUCAGCUGAUUCAAUUCGCACUGCUAACGACAAACAACGUGUUUGGUCUUCAACCAGGUUGCAACACUUGCAAACCGUUUCUUGCCAUGUAUAUCCCGAAUGUGUUUAUUUUAAUCUAUCUUUUCAAUGACUUUUAUAAGAAAUCCUAUGAUAAGAAACAAUCUAAGGUUAAGUAGAUCAGUAUGCAAUUAAAUUAAAAGAUCAGGACCGAGGAUUUAGUUGAUCCAGUAAUGCUGGAGGUUUCAACAAAGGUGAAACUGUGAUAAAUGUCAGUGUUAAUGAGAAUGUUAUGUUUAGAUGAUUAAGCGCGUAAUUGGUCGCGUAAGGUACUAGAACUUUGGCACUAUAAUUAAAACAGCACGCUUGAAUUGCCUUACUAAUUGAGCAAUAGGAAAACUAUUUUCUCCGGUAACAAAUAGAGUCUAGUGGUUCAUAAAAGUGAUAAUCAAAACAACGAAGAAUAAAUAGUUCAGCAAAGAUUUCUAUAUCUAUAAAUGU